UGUUUUUAUUUUGAUAACAUAAGUUUCAAUCCAACUAAUUUACGUAAAUAUCAAUUAAAAAUUUUUUCAGAAAAUGCAUAUGACACUAUUUUAAAAAUAUAAAUGACGUGCAACUUUAAAUUAACAAGUAUUUAAACAGUAAAUUGUAAAAAAUUUGUCAAUGGCUUCUGACAUUCGAAUUCAAGUUGAAGGUUUUGGAUUUUUACCUACAAAGCUUUAUAAAUUAGGAAAUUCACCUAAAAUUGUACAAAGAAAUGACGUCUAAUUUUUGGAGAUUUAUAUUUGUUGCAAUUUUCCUGAGUUCUUGUGUACAAGCUAAUUCACAAUUAGGAACAAAUAAUUGCAUCAGUAGACAAACAUGUCAUGAAUGCAUUCAAACGGAACUUUGUGCUUGGUGCAUGCAACCUGACUUAACAGAACGUCGUUGUUUUUAUGCACCCGGUACAGAUGCAUCGAAAUUUUGUGAAGAAAAAUAUGUUUUUUAUCCAUCGAAUGUAUUUAGUAUUGUACAAAAUCGAAAUUUAAGCUCGGAAAUGCAAUCGGAAUCAAGUGGAUUACAAUCGACACGUUUUAAUGCCAAUGAUGGAAAACAAGAGGCAGUGCAAAUUGCUCCACAGGAAGUUAACGUGAAAGUGAGAAUAAAUCAAGCACAAAGAAUUAGAUUUUCAUUUUCUCAAGCUGAAGAUUAUCCAGUUGAUCUUUAUUAUCUUAUGGAUUUGAGUAAAUCAAUGGAAGAUGAUAAGAAAAAAUUGUCUGAUUUGGGUGAAUUGCUUGUUAAAGAAAUGAGUAGUCUUACUAGUAAAUUUCGACUUGGUUUUGGAAGUUUUGUUGAUAAAGUUGUAAUGCCUUACGUUAGUGUUGUACCACAAAUGCUUUUGCAACCAUGUAAAGCAUGUGCUGCUCCAUAUGGUUAUAAACACAUUAUGAGACUUUCACAGGACACUAGUCUUUUCGCAGAUUUGGUGAGAAAUGCUUCAGUUUCUGGUAAUUUAGAUGCCCCGGAAGGUGGAUUUGAUGCAAUUAUGCAAGCAAUUGUUUGUAAAGAUGAGAUUGGAUGGCGUGAUAAAGCACGUCGUUUAUUGGUAUUUUCAACGGACGCGAGUUUUCAUUAUGCCGGUGAUGGUAAACUUGGUGGUAUUGUUAAGCCAAAUGAUGGUAUGUGUCAUUUAGAUUCCUCUGGUCUUUAUACACAUUCGUCAUUACAAGAUUAUCCCAGUAUCUCACAAAUAAAUCAAAAGGUCAAACAAAAUGCAAUAAAUAUUAUAUGGGCAAUUACUCAAGGUGAAAUGAGUAUUUAUUCAAGACUUUGUUCACACAUUGAAGGAUCAUCGGCUGGUGAAUUGUCCAAUGAUUCAAGUAAUAUUGUUGAAUUAAUUAAAAAUCAAUAUAAUCAAAUACGAAGCACAGUGGAAAUAAGAGAUACAAUUAGCAGUGAUGCAGUGAAAAUUAAAUAUUUAUCACAAUGUUUAAAUGGUAAUAAAAAUAUACAACCAAUUGAAACAACAAAAUGUGAUAAAUUAAAGAAAGGCGAUAAAGUUGAAUUUAUCGCUGAUAUUACAGUUACACAUUGUCCAAAUAAUCGAUCUGAAUGGAAUCAAACAUUUACAAUUUAUCCGGUGGGCAUUAAUGAGGCAUUAAGAAUUAAUUUAGAAAUGAUUUGUGAAUGUGAUUGUGAACGACCAGAGGAUGAUUCUUAUAAAGAAAAUUCAUCUAAAUGUAAUAAUAAUGGAACAUACAAGUGCGGUGUUUGUGAUUGUAAUCCAGGAAGUUUUGGUAAAAAAUGUGAAUGCAAUAAUACUGCAAAUGAUCAUUAUAAAAAUUUCCAAAAUUGCCGACGUGAUAAUUCAUCAUUGGUGGAUUGUUCCGGUAGAGGAGAAUGCACAUGUGGUGUUUGUGAAUGUUAUCCACCUAGUGGUGAAAAUUUGAAAAUAUGGGGCGAUUAUUGUGAAUGUGAUAAUUUCUCCUGUGAUCGUCGUGAUAAUAAAUAUUGUUCCGGUAAUGGAGAAUGUGGCUGCGAUGGAUUUUGUAAAUGUAAAUCUGGAUGGAUUGGCAAAGCCUGUGAAUGUAAAUCAUCAAAUGACACAUGUAUACAACCAGGAACAAAUUUAGAAUGUUCAGGAAAAGGAAAUUGUGUUUGUGGACAAUGUGAAUGUCUUAUUGAAAAUGGUGUAAGAUAUUCAGGUUCAUAUUGUCAAAAAUGUGCAACAUGUAAGGAUCGUUGUGAGGAAUUAACGCCAUGCGUUAUGUGUCAAUUGGAAAAUAUUGGCAAUGUCACAAUAAAAGAAUGUCCAGCUAAUUGUACAGAAAUUCCAAUAGAAUAUGUUGAUGCAAUUGAUAAAACUUUAGUAAUGGAAGAUGAAAUUGUUUGCAAAUAUAAAGGCGAAGACGAUUGCAAUUAUCUUUUUAUGUAUUAUUAUAAUGAUACAAAACUUGUAAUUGAAGCACAAAAACAAAAAGAAUGCCCACCAAAAAUUUAUUUACUUGGCAUUGUUAUGGCAGUUAUUGCAGGAAUUGUAAUGAUGGGUCUUACAAUUUUAUUUAUAUGGAAAUUAUUGACAACUAUUCACGAUAGACGAGAAUUUGCUAAAUUUGAAAAAGAAAGAAUGAUGGCUAAAUGGGAUACGGGAGAAAAUCCAAUUUACAAGCAAGCUACCUCAACAUUCAAAAAUCCCACCUAUGCCGGAAAAUCUUAAGAUGCUUACAAAAAAUAGAAUCGACAUUUUUUUUUUUUUUUUUUCUUUCAAUUGAUUUUCAUGUUUCGAAGAAAUGAAAUGAUUUUAAAAGCCAUUGAUUCAGUAUUUGACUUCUAAACGCUGAAGAUAAAAAGGUAUAUUAUUUUUAUAAUUUAUUUAUCGUUUUAAAUAAUAAUUUGACAGAUGGAAUGUUGCUGAAAUAUAUAUAUUGUAUACAUAUAAAUAUAUAUAAAGGACAAUGAUUGGAAAGUGCAACGCAAGUGCGUUAUAUGAGACUGAAUCAUUCCAAAGGAUAAUGCACAAUGAUGUAAUGUCUUUCAAUUUGUCGUUUAUUGUUGCCAUUUAUAAGUGUGCCAAAUUAUGGUUUCACUAAAUUUCACAUUGACAAAUUGAGGCUUGAAUGACAAUACUAAAUUGUUAAUUUGAUGUCAUGUGCAAAUUUUCAGAAAAGAACGAGAGAUUUUCGUAAACAGGAUUUUAGUUUUUUUUUUCUAAAGUAAUUUACGAUACAUAAUGCAUUUUUUUUAGAUAAGUGAUUCGUCGUGCAAUCAUGCGAAUUUAGGGGCAUCUAAAGAUUUUUAGUAUAUAUUUAUUAAUUAUCGAUUAAUACUGCCAUAAUUUUUAGAUUAUAAAAUGUUUUCAUUUUGCAUGUUAUAAUUUUUUUUUUUUUUUUUUGCUUUUUAGACUCGAAUGAACAGUUUAUAUGUAUUAUAAAUAAAAGUGCUAAAAAAUCGCGUUAACAAUACUAAAUAUUAGUUAUAUUUAGAUCUUUAUUUAAAUAGAGAUAUAUUAUAUAUUAAUAGUAAAUUAGAGUGAAAUAGAAUGAAACUUAUUAAAGAAAAAGUGCCUUUAACGAAUUAGAUUUUUGCCAACGUAAUAAUAGUAAUUUUUUUUUUAAUUAAUUUUUCAGAAAAUCGUAUAGGAAAACUUUUUUUUUAUAAACAUAUAUUAUUAUAGGCACUAUAUCAAUAUUCUCUUGUCUUCUAUUAUUCAAUUAAUGCCAAAUUUAUAUUAGACAAAUCUUCCAAAAAGUCAUAAUCUUGCGAGAAUUUUUAUCUACUUGUUAUAAAAAGAAAAAAAAGAAUCUACAAAAUAGAAAAACUAAUUGUAAGUCACAGUCGUUUUCAAUUUUUAAGAAGCGUUUCAUUAAUAAUUAAAUGAAAAAAAAAAGAUUUAAUUAUCUCUAGAGAAUAUUUGAAAACAUUUGUAUUUAAAUAGAAAAAAAAACAUAGAUAUAUUUAUACACUUAUAUUCUAAAAUGUUUACAAGAAAAAAAAAAAAAAAAUUCUUUAUAUAUAUAUUGGUGCAUACAAAGCACAAAGUACUUACACAAUCUAACAAACAUUUUCGAGUAAAACUUGUUUUAUAAUAUUAAAAAUACAGUUUUACGAAAUCUUACUUUCAAAAGGCAGUGAUACGAGAGUGGCGUGUAAUUUGAAUUUUAAUGCAGGAUAUUUGUGUUACUAAAAUUUUUAAAAAUGACAAAACGUGUAAUUAAUUUUUAUAUUUCUUUUUAGAAUAAUUUUAAAAAUUUUUUGAUUCUUAUAAAUUAUUUUAUAGAAAAUUUUUUAUAUAUUUUAUCCGUUCUUCCAAUUUAUUUGCUAAACGCUGCUCUUUUAUAAAAAAAAAAAAAUCUUCUUAAAUAGCAAGUAAAAUUAUAUAAGUACGUUUAUUGUAAAAUUUUAAUACGAAAAAUAUAUUGUUUUCGUAGUCGAUUAUUAAUUAUUCACGCAAAUAUGUUAUUGACGAGCUUAUUUUGAAAAAGUAAUCGUGAAUAUUCAAAGUUUCAAAUUCACUUUUUAUAUUAAAACACAUGUUUUAUUGAGUGAAUAUUCAAUUAGAAAUUAAUGAACAUUCGUAUGAUUGACAAACUUUGGCAACUUGUAUAAUUUAUAAAAAAAAAAAAUAAUUUUACUCUUAUUUUUAAUAUUUAAGAUAUAUUAUGUACUACGAAUUAUUGUGCAGCUAAUCUUCAUAAAUAUUUCGAAAAAAAAGGAGGCUAUAGAAAAAAUAGUGAUUUUACGAUCGAAACACAUGAACAAUAUUAAUUAUUCAUUUUUACCGCAAUUGAAAUUAAAUGUAAUGCCUGUUUUCACUUGUUGAGGUCUACGCAUUUUUUUCUAAAAAAAAACUGUUUUAAACUUUACAGUAUAAAAAAAAAGUUAUCGAUAGAAUUUUUAAAUUCUAAAAUUAAUGGAAAUUAUAAUAAUACUCGAUAUAUAUUUUUUAUCGAAACUUUUUUAAAAAAAAAAAUGUAUAUCUGUAACAUGCAAGUAAUUAUAAUUUUCCCCAAGACCUAAUAAAUGUGAAUCUCGCAAUUACUUUUUUCAAUUUAUACUUUUAUACAGCAUUGUUAAAAUAUUUAGAUUUAAUUAUUCAACAUACUAUAAAUUUUAAUAAUUAUAAAAAUUGUCGUCGCUUUUUAACAUUUAUAAUAUAAUUAUGUAUGAUCUGUUUACAAGUGAAAAAUAUACUGUAAUUUAAUGUGAAAGAAAGAAAAUUAUAUCAACCAAUUUAGUUAUUUAAUAAUUCUUCUCUUUAUUCUUAAAAAAUUAAAUUAUAUUAAUUUAAAUUAUUUAUUUUUUACAAAAUUAUCCGUUAAUUUUUGAUAAUUUUAUUGUUAAUUUUUUUUUAAAUUCAAAUAUUUUUGUUUGAAUUUGAAUAUUUAAAAAAAGGGUGGGAAAAUAUUGAGUGAUAACAGUGGGGGGUGUAAAUUCUUCAAGGACAUUGGGUAUAGAGGGCGAAUUCAACAAAAUUGAUUCGGGCAAUUAUUCUUGACAAAGGAUCCAAUAGCCAUAGGCGAUUUAUAAGCAGAGCGGAAAGAAAAUAAAAUGUAUAAAAGUGGUGGGGUCACCACAUGGUUCCUUAAUCUCAAAUAUUACUGUCAUUGGAGAAGAAACAGUAAACAUUGUCAUUUUUAAAGUCGUAGUAAACAUUAUAAUACGCAGUUUACUAUUGAAGUAAGUUUAUUUGUAAAUACGUCACGUGUCGAGGAGUCGUGCGAUCGCACUAUUUUAAUACGUCAGUGGUGCUGUUCGUGUUCUAUUGAAUAGAGGACGAUAAUAAUAUUGGAAAAAGAAAUCUUUAUUAUACAUUCUAACUAUAUACGGUUUAUGUACAUAUACAUAGAAAAAUAGAAGUUAGUAUGAAAAAACCAAUAGUUUAAUAACUUUCAAAAUUGUGAAUAUAUAAUUUGGCACUUUUAUUAAAAAGUGCAUUAUUGAUUUGCGUUUUUACAUGGUGCAUAAUGGUUUAAAAUAUCAAAAUAAAGUGGUUUUGGCGGGGGUGAUAAAUAGAAAGUGUCGAGGUAUUUGAAAGGGAAGGCCAUUUAAAUAACAUUUUAUCCUAUAAAAAUCAACAAAAAAAAAAAAAUUCUCAAAAGUGUUACACACACCUAUUAUAGUACUGCGUGAUUUUCUAAUGGAGAUUCUGGCGUUUGUAAUGUGCUAAAAAUAAUCAGUGGCGUGCAUUUUCGGAAUAAGUCAUGCCAAGAGAAAAGGAGGUUUAGGUCGACUUUAAAACCCUGGAAUAUACCAUGGAGCAUUUCUUUAACUGGAUUCGAAAUAGCCGACAAUCUAUUCAAAAUUAUAGCAAUGAUACUUCAACACAAAGGAUUUCGACA